UUGCUGAGUGAUCUACUAGAUAAGUCUACAAAGGAUAAGCUAAAAAGAAACAAUAUGGCCAAAGCACCAGCCGUAGGUAUUGAUUUGGGGACAACGUACUCAUGCGUGGGUGUAUUCCAGCAUGGAAAGGUAGAAAUUAUCGCCAACGACCAGGGCAACAGGACCACGCCCUCAUAUGUCGCGUUCACAGACACCGAGCGUCUCAUCGGAGAUGCUGCCAAGAACCAGGUGGCGAUGAACCCAAACAACACCAUCUUCGAUGCAAAACGUCUUAUUGGCCGCAAAUUCGAAGAUGCCACCGUACAAGCUGACAUGAAACACUGGCCUUUUGAAGUUGUCAGUGAUGGUGGCAAGCCAAAGAUUAAGGUAUCAUACAAGGGUGAAGAUAAGACCUUCUUCCCUGAAGAAGUAAGCUCAAUGGUGCUUACAAAAAUGAAGGAAACAGCCGAGGCCUACCUUGGCAAAACGGUGCAGAAUGCAGUAAUUACGGUUCCAGCGUACUUCAAUGACUCACAGCGACAGGCCACAAAAGAUGCAGGUACCAUUUCUGGUCUGAACGUUCUCCGUAUCAUCAAUGAACCGACUGCUGCUGCGAUUGCAUACGGUCUUGACAAAAAGGGAGGUGGAGAACGUAAUGUACUUAUUUUCGACCUUGGCGGCGGUACCUUCGAUGUGUCCAUCUUGACCAUCGAGGAUGGUAUCUUCGAAGUAAAAUCGACCGCCGGUGACACUCACUUGGGAGGUGAGGACUUUGACAACCGCAUGGUUAACCACUUUGUACAGGAGUUCAAGAGGAAGUACAAAAAGGACCUCACCACCAAUAAGAGGGCACUCCGUAGGCUUAGAACUGCUUGUGAGAGAGCAAAGAGGACUCUGUCUUCUUCAACUCAAGCUAGCAUUGAAAUAGAUUCUCUCUUUGAGGGAAUUGACUUCUACACAUCCAUAACCAGAGCUCGUUUUGAGGAAUUGAACGCUGACUUAUUCCGGUCCACCAUGGAGCCUGUGGAGAAGUCCCUCCGUGACGCCAAAAUGGACAAGUCCCAGAUUCACGACAUCGUACUUGUCGGUGGAUCCACUCGUAUUCCCAAAGUACAGAAGCUCCUGCAGGACUUCUUCAACGGUAAGGAGCUGAACAAAUCCAUCAACCCAGACGAGGCCGUUGCGUACGGCGCAGCUGUCCAGGCUGCCAUUCUGCACGGUGACAAGUCCGAGGAGGUCCAGGACCUGCUGCUGCUCGACGUCACCCCAUUGUCGCUCGGUAUCGAGACCGCCGGUGGAGUCAUGACCACCCUUAUUAAGCGUAACACUACCAUCCCAACGAAGCAGACUCAAACUUUCACCACCUACUCGGACAACCAACCUGGUGUGCUCAUCCAAGUGUUUGAAGGUGAGCGUGCCAUGACAAAAGACAACAACCUCCUUGGUAAAUUCGAACUCACAGGCAUCCCACCUGCACCACGUGGUGUCCCACAAAUUGAGGUCACCUUCGAUAUUGACGCCAAUGGUAUUCUUAAUGUAUCUGCUGUCGAGAAAUCAACCAACAAGGAGAACAAGAUCACCAUCACCAAUGACAAGGGCCGUCUGUCCAAGGAGGAGAUCGAGCGCAUGGUCAAUGAGGCCGAAAGAUACAGAAAUGAAGACGAAAAACAGAAGGAGACCAUCCAAGCUAAAAACGCUCUAGAGUCUUACUGUUUCAACAUGAAGUCAACCAUGGAGGAGGAAAAACUGAAGGACAAGAUUUCAGAGUCCGACAAGCAGACCAUCUUGGACAAGUGCAACGACACCAUCAAAUGGCUGGAUUCCAACCAGCUGGCUGAUAAGGAGGAGUAUGAACACAAGCAGAAGGAGUUGGAGGGUAUUUGCAAUCCCAUCAUCACAAAGUUGUACCAGAGCGCGGGCGGAGCACCCGGAGGAAUGCCUGGCGGUAUGCCUGGCUUCCCUGGCGGAGCCCCGGGUGCUGGUGCAGCCCCCGGUGGAGGCGCCGGACCCACCAUCGAGGAGGUUGAUUAA